AGUGUAGUAGAUUAUAUACUAGAUUGUUAUGCUGCUGCUACCAACUGCUUUUUAGGUUUAUAAUAACGUUUAACUUCCUUUGUUUCUUCCUCUUCGCCGCACACCCAACGUCCACACUUGACACUUCCCUUAGCCUCGUUGUCUCACUGAGCUUUUUAUUGUUCCAUGACUCCUGCACAGCCAUUAAUGGAUAUCCAUCCAGACUAUGAACAUCAUUCUACAAAAGUUGAAGUUGAUAUAGAUGACGAAACUAUCUUGGCAAAAUCAGAUGGAAUGCGUUCAAAGUGCGUAGAUAACUGUGGGGAAACAGUUGGUGAGAGAGGCACUCUUUUGGAUGAACAAACUAAGCCAAUGGACCCUGAAGAUGUGGAAGUUGACAUAAUUACAUAUAAAAAUAGUAAGGAGACCAGAUCAGCAGGACCUGAAGAUCCAGAUGCAACUGAAUAUUCAAGCUCAUUUGCCAACACUUUUUCUGAUGACGAGAAAUGUUCUGGACGAAGUGAAACUGAAGUAGAAUCACAAUUUUUGGGUGACAGUUAUUUGGCAUCCCCAUAUGAUGCAUUUAGUAGCAUUUUUAAAACAAGAAAGAAGUUAACGAAUCACUGGAGGAGCUUCAUACGUCCUCUGAUGUGGCGUUGCAAAUGGACAGAACUGAAAAUUAAAGAAAUUGAGUCUCAAGCAUUGAAAUAUGCCAGAAAACUUGCAGCAUAUGAACAGAGAAAACAUUCACGAAUCUAUCAAUCUACAUUUGAAGAUUGUUGUUCGAAGUUGUCACCAUUUUCGAAUCAGUGUUAUAGAAGAAGGGCCAUAAAGAGGAGGAAACGAAAGAGGAUAGAAGACACAACUGAUACAUCGUCAUAUAUGUUACAUCAUAGCCUUUUUUCUUAUCUGGAUAACAAGAGAUCUAAUCCUGAUGGAAGUUCAAUGGUAGAUGAUUUUGACAAUGCAGCAAUAACAGAAUGUCACGCUGAUUGCAGCUACAAAUUUGGCAAUGAAAAUGAACAAUUAUCUUUUGAGCUUGAAGAUGAUAAUAAUUUUUUGGAGCAAGUCCUUUGGAAAAUUGAAAUAAUGCAAUCACAGAUUCACAAGUUGAGGAAUCAACUUGAUGUGGUGAUGUCAGAAAAUGCCACUGCAUUUUCUUCCUCUGAGAAUCCACGCCUUCUUGCUCCUUGUGAUGGACAUACUAGUUCUGCUGCUAGUCCUACAUUCCCUGCUGGCAAUGGAGACACAAUGUCAAUAGAAGCUAUGCAUAAUGCAAAUCAACAAAUCUCAGGAUGUGAUAUUGGAGAUUUGAUUAUGCCUGAUAGUGCCAUAUCAAGUUGUGGAGAGACUAUCGAAGUACCUGAUUUAAUUGAAAGCACAGUUGGAAUGUUGGCUGCUGAUGAUGUUACCUUCCAUCAGCCACAAAUUGGAGAUUCAUGUGAAGAUAUUGUGGAUAAUGUGUUGACACAUACUGAAUCAACCAAGGGAGAGAGAGACACUUUCAUAGGGACAGAUAAUCAACUUCUAGAGAAGCAUCACGAACAAGAGAAAGGAGAAGAAGAAAGCACCAAUCCUUGUCCAGUUACUACCUUAGAACCAGAUCCAACGGCAAAAACCACUUUCUCAGAGGAGCAAUCAACUCUGAAAUCAUGUUUAGCCUCAGAUUUCCAAUUUCCAAAGAACAAGAGAAAGCGGGGAGAGAGGAAAGCUGGUUCUGGUGGUUGGAACAAGAAAUGUUCAGGGGAACCUGACAGCCAGUGAUUUGUAGAAACUUUUUAUGAAACCAGCCCAACAAGUUUCAAAUGCUUGGCUUUGCUAAUAAGCUACUAGAAGUGGUACUCGCCUUAUUCUUGAAGCUGUGUUCUAAUAAGUAUAAAUUUUAGCACCAGCUAGUGCUAUCACCUUCUGGUAAAGAGCAUAUCAUUUGCACCAUUGCCAUGUAUAGGACCGUUUUGAAGCCUAAACUUUAUGAUCAGCAGUCAUUUGUGUAUUGGUUCUGCUGUUUUUAUGCUUGGUUUAGUAUGAAAUCACAAGUGUAGCUCUAAGCCUGUAAAGCUGGCAAGUGAUGCCAAACCAAGGUCAAGAACUAGUGUGCAUUUCUAUUUUAUAAAGGCUGAUGGAUUUUGAUGAC